GGAAGACUUGGAGGAAGGUCUCUUGUUUGAAGUGCCGUAUGGAGCUGCUCAGAGGGAGGAGAGCUGGGAGCAUUUGGCCAGCUUGUGCAAGUUGGCUGUCUUACUGUUUCCUGCUUCUGGUUCAGUACGUCUAGCAUCUAUAGUAUCCUACAAUCAAGUGCUAGAGACAUUCCUAAUGAUGGGUGAUCAGCAGACAGCACAGAGGAGGUUAGGCCUCUCACGUCAAAAUGCAGAGGAUGCUAAAGACGGACCAUCUUCUCUUGAGCACUCGGAACCUAAAUCACCCAAGAGGGGUGGUUUCGUGCAAUCAUUACGUAACAGCUUCAGACGGAAAUCUUCAUCCAGUAUUGGACCUAAACAGGACUCGCUCUCACCAAAGUCUGCAGAAAAAUCCAAAUACCUUCAGGUCGAGAGUGCAGUUGACAAGGACAAUCUUUCUACAUUCCAGACGACUUCCUUGUCAGCAGUGUUGACUACUCUUAACCAGGUGGUUGCACGUGAUGACCGUAUCGCUCAACUCAAAUCAGUGAUCUGUCGUCAUGUACCAGAGACUGAGAUAAACAUGACCCCUAGAGCUGGUCCAGGUAGUAGACGAGGUGUCUUCAGCCAUAGGACGUCUUAUACAUCACAUGGACACCGGGAUGAUUCCAACCAACCCAUCGUUCAAGCUGCGCUACGAUUGCUUUCUUCGUUAGAUAUUAAUCUACUCUUAGAAUGCAUCCAAACCGUAGGCAUUGCACCCACCACGCCUGUAGCCAACACCAAACUACACAUACAUCCCACCAAACCUCGGGAGAAGACUGACUGUAAAGCUAAAGGAUUCCCAACUACAUCCAUUCCUGGGAUUCGGAUAUCCCAAUCUGACGAUGACAAUCUAGACAGUCCACACAUCACUACUGAUAAACCCAAGACUAACAGUGCUGAUCCUGUACGGCAAGCUAGGAUUCUAUCUGCUCGAGCACUGCUUACCAUCGCUAGUCUACCGAGUACUCGAAGAGCACUUGUCCGAGUUGAGCAUCUUCAUAGAUUGUUAAACGUCUUAGAACCAACAGGAGACAAGCAAUUCCUUUGCCUGAUUCUUCAAGUCUUGGAGAGUUUGUCACUCGACCCACAUAACCAUGCACCGAUGCAGGCUGCAGGUUUGGCCCAUCGCCUGGAAAGUAUUCUCAAGUUACAACGCACAGAGGCUUCGGAACCUGAGGAGAGUGUACCGGGGCAGUCCUGGGGGCCAGGAGACAGCAAAGUGCUCCAUCACAUCCAGCUGCACGCUGGCAGGAUACUCGUGUAUCAUGGCUUUAUCGAACAGCUUCAAAGACACACUCAGGCCUCCAUCUUAGAACUAGAAGCCAAAGUAUGUGGUCAGGAUGUAUCUGAGUACGAGUAUGCUUGCUUCAGAUUGAGGAUUCAACAAGCAAAGGAUAUACCACCUGCUACAUCAUUAGAACGUCUCGUCUUACUCUCACUCAGUCAAGGUGAACGCAACAGUAGAUCGCCCUCUGUUGUUUCGUCGGAGAGACUCUCUCCUAUCCCAGCGAAACGUACCUGCUUGGCAGUGGAGGUCCAGCCCCUUCAAAUAGACAGUGAGGAGACUAGUAGUAUAGGCCAUGGCAUAGGACAGAGAGAGAUUGAGAGUGAGCGACCAGAAGGAGGCUGUCCUCUAUUGGAGAGUCUACCUGUCUGUGUGCCGCCACCCAUUGCUUUCAGGGUGCUGCAGCAUAUUCUCCUAGCUACCAGUGGAGGAAAGAGAAGAGGAUUGUUUGCUAUGAAUACCAGCAGCAGCGGAAACACUAAUAAUUCCAAACGCAUUCUUCAAGAGAAGGUUCUUCAGAUGAUUCGUCGAUGGGUAGAACACAUUCCAGAAGACUUUCUACAAGACAAGCUAAUGAGAUCUGAAGCUACCAAGCUCUUACAACGACUACGACUCCUAGGACUUUCAGGACAUCCUCUUGCAGACCAACUUUCUCUUCUCUACCAGCAGCAAGAAGAUACUCUGUCCCUUCGUAGUCUAGGAGGACGCUUCCGUAACCAUCAUCACCAUCAUCAUGCUCACAUCUCUCGGACCUUCUCGUCUCCAGCUGUCAGGGCCAGCAUCCAGAGUGCCCCGCCCCUCAUCAUGGGUUCACCUGGUGGGGAGACAUCCUCUGCUGAUAAGCUCUCUCUUCAGUCAUUCCCAGGCUCAUACAAGAAUAUGGGUUCAGCUAACUUCAUCCAUAAGGUCACCGGGAAUCGAUCCUUGACCGGCUCCAGCACGUCCAGUCUCACAUCUUUGAACAGUGUCCAGGGAGUCGGUCAGAUCUCACUAGUCGACAGGUCAACUGUUCUUCUGUCUUCUGAAGAUCUUCACUGUCUCUACCAAAAGUUGCAGAAGUCUGUCCUGGAUGGCAGUUUACCAUGCAGUCAAGAAGACGCUGCCAAACUAGCAGCCAUCCAGAUCAUCAUCAACAACCUAACAACCUCACAUCAGAAGAAAAACCAGUCCACUCCCUCAAGUCCCGCGAGCCAUACAUUCCUUCAGACAAGUACUACCUGCACUACUAGUACUCAGAAGCUUUCUAGCUCCAGUUCUAGUAACCAUACCUUGGUAGACUCUGAACCUGAAUGGCACUGCUAUGGUGUGGAGCACAUAGCAACAAGAGAGACAAGUAUCCUAGACAGUGGAGGACCUGGUCCUAGUGUUGGGUUCUUUGCCUCUGCUCAACGACGUCUGUCUCGUCAGAGCUCAAAGCAAGACUCUUCACCUCUUGGUCAUCUAGCAGCUCAAUCAGGUAGAAAGGCCUCGUCUGCAGACAUUGGUAGUGACAUCACAGAGAAGCGUUUACUGGAUAAGAUAUCUGUGGAUACAAUCAAGCUCUGCCUACCUUAUGGGUGCUCAGGAUCUAAGGUGGUACAGAAAGCUGUCAAGAAGUUUCAUACCACAUAUGCAACAGUAAUGGGAGACCUCAAGGAAUCUACACCAGGCAGGAUUCACCAUGCUAAACAGCUCUAUGUGGAUCUUUGUAAGAGGAUACCAUCCUUUAACAGCAAGGUCUUUCAUGUCAAGGAGCUGUAUGGAAACAGACUCAAGAAAAAGGCUCAUCGGAUCUUGUGUAUUAAUCGUCAUCACAUAGUACUACUGAGUACAGCGACCAAGGCAGUUGUUCAGUCUACACCAACAGACCAGCUGAAGAACUGGCAUAUUGAUGCAUGUCACAGUGGUCCGCUGAGUAGCCUUCUGGUUGUUGAAUUUCAGGGUAAACCUCACUGGACUAUACAGCCUCUGUCAUUAGCUGAGCUGAGGGCCAUCUGUGGUGCACUAUCAGCUAAUAUGCAGGAAGCCUCAUCUUCUAACCCAGUGUCGGAUAGCAUCCCUGAUGGUGUGGUCACUGCAUCAGCACCUUCCACACCAAGUCUAGAUCGUGUGCCAUACUCCGAUUCCCCAGUCCUAGACUCCAAGUCUCUUCUUGCUCCAAGUGCAAUAUACCAUGAAGAACUUUCACGAUGCGGACGUCUUCUCAACUUCCCUGAAGAAGUUGCCCUCAUCCUAACACAGACAGAAUUCAGGAUCUUCAACGAGGUUCCUCCGGCCAGCUAUGUCCGACAUGUUGGUCACAUGACCUUACCAUUACCUGACAAUUCAGGGCAGCACAGGAAGUCUGUAAGAGACUUGGAUAUCAGGUUUCAUGAGGUGAGUAACUGGGUCCGAGACACCAUUCUGGGUGUAGAGGAUCAGGAAGGCAAGGUCAGGAAUGUCUUGAGCUUCAUACAAGUAGCUAAUUCUAGCUGGAAUCUAGGAAACUUCAAUACCGUCAUGGAAAUCUUAGAUGGAAUCAGGUCCGAGGUUUUGAAGCCUGUGUUUGAGAACAUGAAGGAUUGUGACAUGCAAGGCCUUAUAGCACUUCACUCUGCUCUCAAGUCUAGCUCUACAGAGUACCGUGAAGCUGUAGAUAGAGCCCUGAACAUCCCAGGGUGCUGUGUGGUGCCUUACUAUGGAGCCUUCCUAGAGGAACUGAAGGUCAUCUGGGAGGAGAAUCUACCCAAUAUGACGAACACUGAUGCAGUCUCAGAGCUUGGUGAUUAUCUGUGGAAUAGUAAUGAGAGGUCCGAUGGUCUACCAACUUCCAUCCCAGCAACAGGUUUGAUCAACACAGAUAAGAUGUACAGAGCUAACUGGGUACUGAAUGACAUCAGACUGUGUCUAGAGAUAGGCAAGGCAAUGAGAUCUGGAGAGGAAGUUGAUGGGACCAUUCCAGAAAAUAAGUCAACUCCUAGUGAGAGUGAUGUAUCAGACUUGAGUUUCGUGACAUGCUGUGAAGAUUCUUCACCCUAUGAACCUAUCCAAGCUAUAGCUAACCCUACAGGGAUUGAGAUGAUACCUCAUCAGCUCUUUGAUUCAGAUCUUCAUACACUACAAUUCAUGCAUCAUGGGUCAUGUGUAUCCCUCUUUGAUGAAGACUGUUCAGGACGCAACGUAAUGAGCUUGAUGAAACUAGAUGUCUGCAAUGCAAUCAUUGUAUGGGCUAAGUCUGUUGAGAGUCCUAGAGAAGAGGAUCUAGAUCUUCAUAUGAUCUGUAGCGUCAUGUUGUGUACCAAGUAUCAUUCCUCAAACCCAGCAAACACUAGUAGUUUGGAUGGAGGCUACCUUGAUCUAUGCUACGCCAAAUCUAUCUCGAUGAAAAGUGGAAGUACUACAGAAUCAGCCUCCUCCAGCACAGGUACCUCUGCAACGGUCUCACCUCGGAAGACGGAUGCUCCCAUGACACUGUCCCCAUCUAACAAGGAAGAGUUGAGUUGUAUCAGUAUCGUGUAUGGUGCAGGAAUCACUGAUAACAGAGUACUCUCAUUUUGUGUGCCUGCUUUGACAGCAUCUAUGUGGCAUCAAGGAUUGAGUAUGGUGAUCAGAGCUUCACAAGCAUUACAGAAGUGUGCUAUGGAUAAGAGACUUCAGAAGCUCCAGAGAGAAUAUAUGAAUCUCUUCUUUGAAGCCGCUAGAUGUGCUGGACCUACACCAUUGGAAGCUGUGAAGGUGUUUGGGGGUAAGAAUGCUGCCAUGAAGAAACUAUCGACAGAAAGACAGAGUAGUACCGAUACAGAUACUAAGAAUGUCAGCUUGGAUAGACUCAUGAUACAGACUCCUAUGAGAAUCAUGCUACGAAGGAAAUCUUCCACCAAGAGCAUCGAAACCCCUGGUUCGCCUUUGGGCAGACGAUCACGGAAGAGUCUACGAAGCAAGAGUCGUAAGAAGGUACACCAGCGUGCCUAUACCAUUGAUGUCUCAACGCUGUCACUAGGGGGCAGUAUGCAGGAUGGAGAUACCAAUAGUUUUGUUGGAGGUCAGACCACGGAUGUCAAUGAGAAUGGGACAGUUAAAGGAACUCCCCUUGUUGAUGUCUCAGUCAGCAAUGAUGAUACAUUGCUGUCUGUUACCCCGACCACUGACGAUGCUCAAGUGCCAUCUGAACAUGAUAUCUUUGGUAGGAAGCGGAGCAGCUCAUCUAUUGGUUGUGAUGGUCAGAGGUCUCUUACAAUGAACAGUAAUUUGUCUUUCAUAGAAUUUGUGGAGCUGUUCAAAUCAUUUAGUGUGUGUUCAAGAAAGGAAUUGAAGGAUAUUUUUGAUACCUACGCUUUGCCUUACAAUACCUACAAAGAUGCCUCAAGAGACAAGCAACCAGAGAUCUAUUACCAUGGUAACCGCUCUGUGAGUCAGGUAGAAGAGACUAGCUUCAUAGGGAUUGGAGUCAUCAGUCUAACGAGAAACUCCUUCCCACCAUUGGUGCCGGAUUCAACACGUAGAGUGACGAAUGCCAUUGCUGCAGCCAGCGUACAAACCAAUAGCUCUGGGACACAAUCAGUCACUUCACAUGUAAUCACACAGGAAAGAUUCAAACAAUUCCUCAGCACAAAGCAGGGUAUGGAACUCACUGAUGAGGAAGUCAGUGAACUUAUACAGCGGCAUGAACCCUCACUGACCAUAAGAGAACUAGAGUGCCUGACCUUUGAAGGAUUCGCCCGCUACUUGAUGGACCAAGACAACUAUGCAUUCCAGUAUGAACAGCUCUUUGUAUGUAAACAGGAGCUCAAUCACCCGUUAUCUCACUACUAUAUUUCCUCUUCUCACAACACGUACCUCACUGGGCAUCAACUGAGAGGUGAAUCCUCUGUAGAACUCUACUCACAGGUUUUACUGACGGGUUGUCGAUGUGUUGAAUUAGAUUGUUGGGAUGGAGAUGAUGGUUCACCGGUCAUCUAUCAUGGACAUACAUUGACCUCAAAGAUCAGUUUCAAGGACGUGGUAGAAGCUAUCAACAGAUCAGCAUUCAUUGCCAGUGACUAUCCCAUCAUUCUCUCUGUUGAGAAUCAUUGUUCCCUACAACAACAGACCAAGAUGGCUCAGAUCUUCACUGAGGUGUUUGGUGACAAGUUAGUGAGCAAGUUCUUGUUUGAGUCUGAUUACAGUAGCAGCCCUAGACUACCAAGCCCAGAACAACUCAAACAUAAGAUACUCAUCAAGAACAAGAAGAUCAAAGCUCAUCAGGCACCUGUAGACCUGCUCAAACAUAGGGUGAUGCAGCUUGUGAGUGAGCACAAGAGCUCUAAGGUAGAUCUGUUAGGUUCAGCAGCAAACUCAGUAUCAAUGGGUGAUAUCUCGGAAGAAGAAGAUGAUGAUUUCUUUGAGGAUGCUUAUGAAGAGGUUCUACCUGUAGAUGAUAAUAAUUCAGAGACCCCAGCGGAGUUUUCGAAGCCACCUCUAGGACGCCUUGCAUCUACUCAAUCAGAAGGUUCAGAAUCACCUCCCGUCCCUGAUGAAACUAAAGCAGGCUACAAAGGAGCUAUGACUAAUGGAAAGCAUAAGAGAAGUGGCAGUGGCAGUGGCACUCAGAUCAUACCACUCACUGGAACAGAGCGUAGCUAUGGCGAUGACUUCUACAAGAUGGCACAGGUGAAACACAAGAAGAAGAAAGAAACAAGUCAGAUAGCUCCAGAGUUAUCUGACCUGGUCAUCUAUACCCAAGCAGUCAAGUUUCCAGGGUUUAGUAGCACUACUGAUCCGACUCUUGGUACACCCAAGGAGGGUAAACAACUUGGUCGCCGUAGUAACAGAUCUAGUACUCAAACCAGUGCUUCUAAUAGCCCCAUACCAGUGACAAAGGAUAAUCCAAAGAGUUCUGAAGAAAGUCCUCAGGUGAAUGGUUCUCCUGAUGAAAGAAAGUUACAGCAUUCUACAAUGUUAUCUCAGUCUCAACAAGGUCUUGUAGUAGAGAAACUAACAGCUUACAUCCAAACACCAAAGUGCUUCCAUAUAUCAUCUGUCAAUGAGAGCAACCUCAAGAGGAUGUCAAGGAAAUACUUCUCCAAAUUUGUGGAGCAUACUGAGUAUCAGCUUAUGAGAACCUAUCCAGCCGGCAUGAGGAUUGAUUCCUCUAAUUACAAUCCUUUCAUCUACUGGUCAUUUGGAGUUCAGCUUGUUGCUCUCAACUAUCAAACUGAUGAUCCCAGUCUUCAGACAUACUUUGCCAUGUUUGAAAGGACUGGCAACUGUGGCUAUGUCCUGAAGCCUACUAUACUAUGGGACAGGAACCAUCCAGCCUUCAACCGCUUCAAUGCAUACAACAAGUCAUUUGAUGGCAUGCCUAUUAAAGAACUCACAAUACAGAUAGUGUCUGGACAGUUCCUGAGCCUUACCAAUCCUCUAGGAAGUGUCUUUGUUGAGGUUGAAGUGAUGGGUAUUCCUGCAGAUUGUGCCAAAUGGAAAACAAAGAUCGCUUCAAGAAACAGCAUCAACCCAAUAUGGGAGGAAACCUUUACAUUCCAAGUGUCCUUUGAAGACUUAGCGUUUGUCCGUUUCACAGUCAUAGACAGCAAUAGCUCUAGCACCCUGGCUCAGAGGAGUGUUCCCUUGGUUCAUCUUAGACAAGGAUACAGACACCUGAGAUUGCGAUCAUCACAGAAUAUACCUCUUGAGAUCACAACUCUCUUCAUUCACACUCAUCUUGAGGAGAUUCAAGAUGUAGCUACUGAAGCCAUCAAUGAAUCAAGACGUAAGAGGCAGAUGCUUUCUAAUAUGCUCUACUAUCAUAUCGGCAAGGACUCAGAUAUCAAGAUGGAAUUCAAGGAGAUGGUUGAUGGUUCAGAGGUGAAGAGACGAGCGUUUCCUCUGACUGUAUUCAGUGUUCUGGAUGGAGAGGACAGUACAACCUUGAAGGCAACACAAGAGACUAAAGCUCAUGAAAUAGUUGCACAGGCCAUGGGUCGAGCUGAUCGUCCUCUGGAGUCUAUGCAUGACUAUCUGUUAGUGGAGGAGGUACAAGAGACAUGGGAUGAUGAAACAGAAGGAAGAACUGAUGAAAGAAUUUUAGAAGGAGAUGAGAGAGUGAUGGAAGCUCAGGCAAGCUGGACAGGAAAAGGCAGAUUUCUCCUUAAACAUCUGCCGCAGGAAGUUCAAUCACCACAGUCAGCUUACGACUUUCUACGAACACCCCGUUCCUUGUUUUACAGAAUGUAUCGGAGACAUCGUUCUGAUGAAUGGACUUCAAUGGACGGUGAUGGUAGUGACAAGACUUUCUUGGUUUGGGUCUAUAACGUUUCUCAGGACCAGCCUUACACUGUCUUCAGAGCACUUACAAGCAGCACAGCACAAGAUAUUAUAGCUCAGGCGAUGGCCAAGGCCCAUCGACUGGAUGCUAAUCCUUCUAGCUUUGUGCUAGUUGAGGAUGUGUACAAGGAAUGGCGGAGCCCGGAUACCACCACAGCAAAGAAGAACAUAGCAGAGAAAGUGACGAGUAGAGUAUUAGAUGAUGAGGAGAAUGUAGCUGAAUUGCAGGACCAAUGGAAGACACCAGGAAGGUUCUCACUUAGAGAGAGAGAAGAGGUGCAGGGUAGAGGAAGCAGUGGAACUUUCAAGAGGAUUAAGAAGAAAUCAAGUAGCAGUAAACCACCCUCAUCAAGUCAAAAUACUGCAUCGUCAAAGUUGAAGAACCAAACAUUGCCACGGAACUUCAAGCCUGAUGAAAAGAAAAUGGAGUCAGUUCAUGCUGAAAAAGAUCCUACACCCAAGCCUGCUUCACUCCGAAGUCGAAUCAAACUUUGGAAGACUUGAUUGAAUGUAAUUCAUUAUUGGCAUUAUUGUUUGAUAAUGCAUUAACGUACUUGAUAACAAUGUGAAUGGACAUAUAAAUUUCCAUUUUUUUUAUCUAGAGUAAAAAAAAAGUGACAACAUUAAAGCUACUGACGUCUGGUAAAGAAACACCUGGAUUGUACUAAAGUAUUCUUGUCCAAGUCCUUUAUCAAUAGCUAUGUGAUAGCAAUUCCUUAUAACAAAAGCAUGACUUAUAUAUGUUUGUGUGUUUGUUUGUCAUAUGCAUGUUCUUUCUCAGAAAUACUAUCAUUGUCAAAGAUUCUUCGACAGUUAUUACCUGGAUUUUUAAGAUGUAUAGAAGGUAUGAAUUACUUUUGACAAUAUGGGCUGGUUCUCAUUGUGUAUAUGGUAUACUUGUAUAUUUUACAGAGCAGGUAGCAAAGAUCGCAUUACCACUUCAUUCUAACUUGUUUUCACUUUGAGGUAGAGACAACUAUUAGGACAUUUUUUUUGAAAGAUGUCAACAAUAUAUUACAUGUACUUCAUGUAUUAUCAAGUAUACAAGUAAAUUUGAUGCCACAAGGCUCUCCUCAUGAAGAUAUAAUCAUAUUUCCAUUACAAACCCCAGCUCUUUGAAGCAUAGGGAAUAUUGGCAUUAUGUGUCAUUCAAGGCUGGAAACAUUAGAUUAAUUUUGUUGUUCAAAUAUUUGUAUAAUAAAUUAAAAUGGAAAGCUACCAAGCAAGUCCAUGAGGCAGUACUCAUCAAUGGUAAUACUAUGAAUAGUAUACUAUGCUGAGAAAAGUAUUAAAUUGAUACUGUUGUAAACAAGUGCUUUAUUUAACCAACAUCAUAUAAGUUAGGUACUGUAAAAGAAUUAGAUUCACUUCAUAUUUCAUACUUGAUGCAAGAUUCUGAGUGGAAAAACAAUGCAGUCAGUGUGUAAUGGAAUGGAUAUGACAAUCUGAAAAUUAGCAGCAUUAUAAACCUCUCUUUUUCACUUUUGAUUUCCAAGUUUUUUUUGACAGCAGUUUAUUCUUUUGUAAUCAGACUCAUAGCGGACAUUCAGAUGAACUCAGUAGAAGACUAUUUGCUCUGAGGUAUUAACACACCUAUAUUACUUAAUAUAAUAGAGGUGUUAUUUCUAGUGCUCACAUAUUACUACAGUACUACAGUUCUAUACUACUACUACUGCCAAUACUACAACUUCUACUCCUCCUCUUCCUACUACUACUACUACUACUACUACUACUACCAUUACAUGUACUACUACUA